CCAAAAGCUCCUCGGAAAAACUAUUGUGAACGCAUUAACAGACGCACAAACAUUUUAUUGAACUUAUUUCUGUUAACCAAACAAAAAGGGGUAUGCGUCCAUUGACUGGACUCAUUUUAUUUACCGUGGUUCUGGCUUCGACGAGUUGCACGCCACUGCGACCGCAAAACAACGAUGAAGACCUUGGCGCCAUUCAACAACAAGAACAGGAUACUGCUGAGUUGCAACUAGAGAAACUCAAAGCUGAAGCUACUGGCGAUAGUGUACUACCCCGUUUGGAAAAGCAAUUGAAAGAUGAAGUCGCCCAUGAAACUCAACCGAGCCCGAAGCAGGAAUCGACCAAAGAAUUGAUACCAGAAAUUCCUGCCCAACCAGCUUUAGCAGCCCAAGAAACUAGUACUGAAGAGGCACGAGUACCAAUUCAUCAUCAUGUUGUGGCAAAUCAUGAAGCAACUGAAGAAACUAAGACAACACCGAAGGACGAAGUACCGGCAAAGGCUUUCCCAGGCGCUGCUCGACUUACUCUAGGCAAACACGAAAGUUUGGGGUCAUCCGAAACUCCGGCACCACCUUUAGCUUUGCCCAGAAGCGAAUUCACACCUAAUGGUCAUAGGAGAUCCACAAAUACAGGACAUAAGAAUGAAGUAUAUAAUCAUCAAUGGUACAAUUCUGGACAAUAUUCUCCCUUAGACAUGGCUCAAUAUGUAUUUUGGACGGGGGAUGAAGCUGGUGUUGCUAAAGCCAUACAAGAAUUCAUACAAAAUCGAUUGAUGUCACGAGAAGAAGCAAUAAACUUUUUACGCGAUAUUAGAAUUGGAAUUGAAUAUCUUCAAAAUCGUUAUGACACUAAAUCAGGACUUCUUCGUGAUGUGACCAGAGAUGCAGAUACACCUAGUGACUUAACAUUGAAGGAAGCAAUUGUGAGCCCGCACAUAAAGCCAACCCAGCCUGCCUUAAACCCUAUGUAUACCAAUCUACAAAAUAAAUUAAAAGAAGAGCAUGAUGAUGACAAACCAGAAAAUUCACUUAACAUCAUGAGAACUGGAUAUAAGAAAUCAAAAGUAGACAAAAUGAAUAAACUUGAUUAUUUAGAAAAAUCCGCUAAUAACAUCAAAGAAACUAAUUUGGCUGACUAUGAGGAGAUUGCAGGUAGAUUAAGACUGGCAGACUUUUUGUAUACAGAAUAUUCAUUAGAAGAAGUUAUUUAUCAAUUAGCUAAGGUGAUGUUUACCGAAUCACUAACACAUGGCUCAGGUCAUGCAGGCGAAGCUUUAGAAAGGCUAACAACAUUUUUAGAUUCUGAAGGAGCCCAUGGACGUAUACCAAAAACACUCCAGAAAAAAAUUUUAGAUGUGUUGCUAGCAGCUUUAUCUGAUACACUGGUAGAACAUCCAGAAUUAAUCAAUGCUGCAAGAGACGAGCUCGGACAUGACUUGAGCCAGAUUCAAACUAAGCAUUUAAGUCCAAAAAAUUAGGACAAUACCUCUCAUUACUAUACCAACAUCUUUCAAAAGCAAGAAAUAUAACAUAUGUGGUAUAUGUUAGUUAAUUCUAUAU